GGCUGCGGUCCUCAGCUUUGCUGCCCUCGCGCGCGUCGCGAUGGUCUUGCAAUAUUCAUCGCAUUCACGCAAACCUCGUUGGGGCAGGAAUACUACUCAGGAGAGCCCCCAAUCCACAUCUCGUGUGUUAACUACCCAUCACAGCCCUGUUAACUUGAAAACUACUGUAUGUCCUUAAAAGAAUGUCCCAUUAUAAAAAAAAUAAUUUUAUCAACUGUAAGCGUUGUAGAUUUUUGUUCAAGGUCACGAUUAAAGAGUACGUACCUCAAACAUUUUUUGAUAAGUGCAUGCGCGAGUAAUGCUUUGUUUUUUCCUCGCUUGCAGCACCACCUACGCAAAAUGGCGAUUAGUAGAGGGUGAGCUGUAAACGUUAUUUGGCAACAGAAUGGAGCCCCUCCACAUUAUAAUCUCUUUCUACGAGAGUGGUUGAAUGUAUGUCCUUGACCGUUGGAUUGGUCGUAAUGGUCGAGACGACAGAGCUGGCCUUCACAUACACCUGACAUAACGCCAUGCGAUUUUUUCCUUUGGGGCUUUAUAAACGAUCGUGUCUACGUUCCGCCACUACCUAAUGUAUGCCAAUGUUGAGACACAGGAUUGAAGAGGCUAUUGCUUCCAUUACUCCGGACUUGUUAACCAAAGUGUGGGAAGAAUUGGACUUUACGUUGGAUGUGUGCCGUAUAGCUAAAUGUGCACAUUUUGAUAAUUUGUUAGAACGACAAGGUUAGUUUACCUUCAUUUUAAUGUAUGAUUUGUUGUGAAUAAUCAAUUAAAACUGUUAUAAUGUAAGUACCACUGAAACUGGGACAUUCUAUUAUGGACAGUGUUUAUUUAAUAGGGUGCAUCGAUUUCCAAGCGAAACACAGACACCAGUUGUAAGGACUUGCAUUCUAGUUGGCCUAGUCACAAGAAGAAAUAGGAUCCUCGGGGGCCUUGUUCUUUAGCGCCUCACACUCAUGGAGUGAGGGUCGUGGACAUGAUCCCAGCACGCCCUGGCGUGGCUCGAAGCUAUGAGCGCCUAGUUAGUUUUUCCUGGUGGUUUGGAGCCCACUAUAAUCUCUGUGGUCACGUCACCUUGAACGUCUGUACGAAACCAUGUAAAUCAAAGAAAGCAGUAAGUUACAAGUCCAUCUAGUGGUUAAGAUUUCUGGUAUUCAGAAACCCUACAUAACACUUUGGAUAUCUAGCUAACACCUUUCAGUUCUCAGUUCGGCUAGGAUGAAGUAGAGUCCAGCCCGUGGUCCUCAUCGUCACUGGUCUCUUCCUUGCGCACUUGCUUCAGCACGAGGUUCUCCCGCUAGGACGGCACGAGCAGGAUCGUCUCUGUGGACUCGUUGAUAAGUCUGUUGUCGAGCGCCACGUCCGUGCGUGUCCGUGCGAACCCCGCGAGAAGCGUCCUCUGGGGGGAAAGCGAUGAACUACACCGUCAUGGCGUCCACCAAGUGGCGCGAGAGGAAGAAGGCUGGCCUGCGGGCGUCCAUCAAGGUGCCGCUGGCGAACAUCCAGGCGCGGCUGGGGCGCAUGGUCCCCAGGAGGCACCCUCACGAGCCGCAGACCCCGCCCACGCCGACCACGCCGACCACGCCGACCACGCCGACCGACAGCCAGGCGAUGCGCGUGGUGCGCACGGUGGGACAGGCCUUCGAGGUGUGCCACAAGCUGUCGCUGAACGCGCCGCCCACGCCCGACGGCGACGAGCGCGACACGGGCGGCCAGCAGGCGGACGACGGCGGCGGCAGCGAGAGCGAGCCGCACAGCGACGGCAGGAAGGACCCGCAGUCGGAGCCCGUCAGCUGCGACACGCUGCCCGUGGAGGACGCCGCCUCGCUGCAGGACGCGCACUCGGACACCGCUCCGUCGUCCCAGCAGCGCCACGCGUCGCAGCGCCCCUACAGGCUGGACAUCCUGCCGCCGCCGCCGUCCUCGGGCAACCGACGCUCCCCUCUGAGCUGCGGGGAGACGUACGUGUCGCCGCUGUCGGAGCCGCUGGAGGGCAGCGGGGACGGGCUGCCGGGCGCCGGCACGCCGCUCAGCGCCCACCACGAGCUGCAGCUGCUGCGAGAGCAGCUGGACCAGCAGGCGCAGCAGACGCAGGCCGCCGUGGCGCAGGUGCACCUGCUGAGGGACCAGCUGGCCGCCGAGACGGCCGCCAGGCUCGAGGCCCAGGCCCGCACGCACCAGCUGCUAGUCCACAACAAGGAGCUGCUGGACCACAUCACCGCGCUGGUCGCCCACCUGCAGGAGCAGGAGCGGGCGUCACGGCGCCAGCCUUCGUCCGGGGUCCAGGGCCACGGGGCGCCGCCCUCGCAGCAGCCGCCCCCUUCCACCCCUCACGUCACCAUGGUGCCCCAGCUGCCCAUGAUGUGCGACCCGCCGCCUCCCCAGGUAGCACCGCUCUAUUACCCCAGCUACCAGGAGCUGGAUGCGUUUCGGCAGCAGCUGGCCGGCCAGCAGCAGUCGCUGAUGGAGAACCGGGGGGCGGCGUCGCAGUACCUCGGCCAGGUCCCGGGCUCGCCCCAGCAGAGGCACUCGCUGCUCCAGGGCCCCCAGCCGGGGGUGUACUCCUCUCUGAGCUACCCCCCGACGCAGGAACAGACCUUCCAGCAGCAGCUGCUGCAGAGGCUGCAGGCUCUCAGCGGCUACCCGCCACCCGCGUCCUACCCCGCAAUGACGCCGCCCGGCGGCUACUACCAGCAGGUGCCCGUGUCGCCGGGCUUCCACGCAUCACGGCCGUCCUCGUACGCCGGCUCCCCCGUGCUGCCCCACCGACAGUCCCGGCCGAUGGACGAUGCCCGCGACGACCGAGCCCAGUUCAUCCGGCCGCUGUCGCAGGUGGGGACGCUGACGGCGGCGGACGGGGACGGGCGGGUGCGGGUGAUAGUGCCCGUCCCGGCGGGUGAAGCGGGCGACCACCAGCGGGCCUCCACGCCCACGGGCGCCACCAGGAAGCUGCAGCAGCGCAACGGGCCUGCGGAGCAGCUGGCGGCCACCUUGGCAACCCUGAGACCGUCGUCGGGGGAGGGGGAACGCCGCGGCCCGCCGCCCAUCACCCGCUCCACCAGCGAGAAGGUGCCCAACCGCAGCGAGCUCAUGUCCCAGGUGCAGAGGACCUUGUGGGCGAGGCACACCACCAAGUGACCGUGUUUUGUCUCGUCUCUGUACCACCACCUCGCUGGCCGGCACCAUAUUCCUCGGUUUCGGAGUGCUCAUCGGUGCUGUUUCCUCCUUCGUAGCAGACAGUUUGUUUUCGGUUAUUAACCUUUUUUUUACGAGGCGAUGUGACUGUGAAAAAAGUAAUUUAUUCCUCAUCCUUGCCACGCCACCAAGUGACCGCGAUGUGUCUCUAUACUUGAACCUCACUAGCAAAUGCCACAUCUGUCAGUUUUAGAAUUCUCAUCAAAACAUUUCCUUGCUUCGUCACGGACAUUUGAUUAAGUUUUUUUUUUUGCCUGUUGACUUUUUUAUGACACAGAAAUUUUGUGUAAUUUUACUUUCCUCUGUGCUAUCAUUGUUACUGUUGAAAUUCCUUGUGCUCAUGACUAAUGCUGCAGCGUGUCACUCGAGCUGAUUACGAAGAGACAGUUAUUCUGAAAAGUGAUAUAGUUUGUUUAUUCUCUGGGAAGAUAUUUGAAGAUCAAAAACCUUGUGUUUGGGGAAAGUGUGUUUGUUCAUCCACCAUUGAUGGAAUACUUUUUUUAAAGAUAUCACAAUGUUGUGUAUGAUCAAGAAAAACAGUGCCUCCUUUUAAAACAGAAAAUAUUUUAGAUGUUAAUAAUCCCUUUACCCCUCAUUCCAUCUGCCUCUUUAGUUGUAUAGACAAUUGUUUUAACUUUGAAGUUAGUGUAUUUGUGCGACGAAGUAGUUGUAGUGUCCAUGUACAAAUAAUUGUAUGUUUUUUUUUUUGCAAGGGGGGAAAAUUUUUAGCAGCAUUCUUUAAACACAUUUGGUUGUGAUCAACAUAAUGAAAUCUGUUUUGUUUGUUGGUUAAAAGACAUACAUAUUUGCAUUGUAAAUUAAAAACCACAGGUUAUCAUGUUCAGUUAAUCAGAAAAUAAUUUAAAAAUUAAAUUACUCUUUGUUGAUACAUACAAUAAUCUUUUUUUUUUUUGUAAAUACUACCAUUACAUAUAUGUUUUGUUUCACAUGUACAGUAACUUACUAUUUUUACUUUAUUUAGUCCUUUUUACAAGACUAUAGGCCGUCGAUUAGAAGUAAAACAUUAAAUUAAGGAUUAUGUUCAAUAAUUCUAAAUAAAAUUAUGAUUACUGUCAGAAUCAGUGAAAAACAGGUCUACACUCAAUCAACUUAAUAUUUUUCUCCAUAUCUUAUUCAUACAGUCUGUGAUAAAUCUCAUGUUUACUUUUCUCAAGAAUGAACAUUUUAUUUUAUAUUAUUUUCGUGGUGAUUUUUUUCAGGUAGACUCUUCACUUUAAAUCUAAUACCCCACCAUAAAUGCAUAUUGAUAUAAUGAAAAAUUUCCAAAACCUCAGAGCAGUUUCAACCAAAGUAGAGCAAUGGGUGUGAGUACGGAUAGCAACGAUAUCUUGCUAUAUUGGAAAUAUCGAUAUUUCAGGUUAAAAUAUUGAUAAUUUGGUAUCACUAUUUAGUGCUGAUAUUUUUUUUUUUUUAGAUGAAUAUUUUGUUCUGAUAAUAUUGAAUUUGAAUAAAAUAAACUUUUCAGGUAAAAAAAAUAUUAAAAUGAUAUAUAAAAGAAAUGACAGAAAAAAUAAUAAAAUGGUAGACUGAAGACUUUGGAAAGAACAUUAAUAUUAUUUAAAAAUACAUAUAAAUAUAUAAAUAAAAAUAUCAAUAGUUAUGCUAUUUUUAGUUAAUUAUAAUUAAAUUACCUAUACAAGAUUUGUCUCUUACCAGCAAAACCAAAUACAACUAAGUAAUUUUUCAAUGUUUUAUUAUUCAUUAUUCUCUUUCCUAUGUGUUUGUUGGCUUCUUAUUUGCUUAACAUCUUCACAAGUGUUUAACAAUAACAAUCCAUAACAAAUACCAAAAAAUUAAAAUAUUAAGUUGGAGGGAAAAACUAUUGAAACAUACAGAGAAGGUAUUAUUGAAAAAAUAAAAAUUAGUUGUAUUCACUUUUCCUUGAAAGAGCUAAACUUGUAUUAGGUAAUUCCUUUGUACUGGCUUAAGUGUAUGUUUAAUUUAUAAUUUAUAAUAAGUAAAGCAUGGGUAAAAUCUUGUGUAUUAUAAUAGACAAUAUAUCAAAAAUAUCGGUAUUUUCAGGCCGAUAUUUUAUAAUUAUUGAUAUAAAUCAAGCGAGGUAUCAGAAGACCGCUAUAUCAAUGCAUUGAAAAAACCAAAUUGUUAUUAGCAUGCAGUUUAAAAUGCUGGUCAAUACCUUUUAUAUUUCCUGUGAGUUAUCAUGAUUUCAUAUUAGAAAACAUCUUUCAAAGAUGCCUCAUAUAGUGUCACAAUUUCCCCAGAAUUUUAUCAUUACCAGGUAUAAAACUAACCCAAGUAUAAUUUAUCUGGAAAGAAUAUCAACAUUUCUUAAGACAAAUUAACAAAACCAUCAUCAAAAUAGAAGUUCCAGUUCGGCAUAAACACAUUAUUUAAAAUGAGUUUUGAAUUUUUUUUUUCCAAACCAUUACUGUGAAAGAUUUCAAAAACCAAGACUAGAGAAAAAUUAAAUAAAACUUCUGUGCUACGUACACCAUCAAAUUCCUCUUAUUUAUUUUAAACUUUCUAAAUAUUUUUUAAACUUUUAUCAGAGGUAAAUUUUUAUCUAACCCAUCAUUACUGCAAGUGUUGGAAAUAACAAGUGUUCAAAAAAAAAAAAUCAAAAUUUUUUUUUUUGCAAUAAAUUAUCAGAUCUGUUAUAAUUUAUUGUAAAACUUAUAAACAUCAUCCUAAAUCUUUUGCAAAUAAAUUUUUCAUGAAACAAACUAUUAUUACCGUAAAAACAAGGGUUAAAAUAAAAAAAAUUCAAAUCAUCCUUGGUAUCAAAUUUGUUUCGAUUUAUUUUAAACCAUAUUGAUAUUAUCUUGAACCUUGGUCCAAGCAAAUUUUUUUACCACCAUGUGUAUGGGAUGUAAAUUAGUGUUUGAAGGUCAAAAAUGCAUACCUGCCUUAUUAGGCACAAUAUGAAAUUCUCUCUAAGAAAUUAAAUGAUGGAUGCAUUAGUUAAAAACAUUAAAAACAUUUUCACUGCAUGGGUUGUGAGAAAAUUAUUGAUAAUUUUGGAAUAUUGGAGAACAUACAGGCAGUGACAAGAUUAUUAUGGUGAAUAGCAAUAAAACCUAAAUAACACCUAAAAACAUGUCAGUGCACUGCAUAACAGCAAAAUGCAAGUUAAUACACCACAAUUGCACUGAAACAGUGGUGGAUUUACAAAUUUUCAAGGUAUAGGCUGUAAUGGUUUUGCCACCCUUGCCUCAACAAUUUUCAUGUCCUAGAUUAUUUUUACAAUCCAACAAUUUCGUUGAAAUUGCAUGUAAAAUAUUUUUGGGUAUAUUUUUGAGCUAAUCAAAGUUCAAUUAUGUACAAUUAAUAAGGCGUGGUAAUGCAUGCUACUUAUACUUUAAUGUACAUUUGGUAAACGUGAAUGGGUAAAUAAUAUUUAUUGCGCUUACAAACAGUUAAAAAUAAUCAACUCAGUCAAGCUAUAAAAGUUUGUUAGAAUACCUUUUUGUGCGAUUUUUUGUUGGCAAAAUCAUUGAUGAUAUUGUCGUAAAUAAUCUUGUUCAUUAUAUAAAAACCAUCCAGUUCACAGACUCCAAUCAGUAGUAGGACUGGCAUGUAUGAGUUAAUAGUGGGAAGAGAGAAAUAUGUUUUCUAUAAUUUCGCUCUUUUCACUCAGUCGAAGUGUGGGCAGAGGGUGCAGAGGCUGAUUACUGAUUGGGGGGCAGCGAACUAUCUGCUUUACUCUAGAAUAUGGAAGUUUGCUACACGGAUUCACAGAACGUACAAUGACAAGGGAGAGGGGAAAGUCAUCGGCAAAAUUUGUUGCAGACUUCUAUCUGUAAAACAUCAGAAAACAGAAAACCGUCAUGUAAAAACCUUUUUUAUUUCUAUGAGGUAGCAAAAAAAAAUUAAAAAAAAAUUUUGGUCUCCAAAUUUGCUGCCCCAAAAAUCUGCCACCCUAGGCUCAAGCCUACUCAGCCUGCUGGUAAAUCCGCCACUGCACUGAAAGGCAAGUUAUAUUAUGGAAUUAAGCAGCAUUCAACCAAAACUUAUUUUAAAUCAUAAUACAAGUAUAUUUUAAUGUUUGAGAUUCAAGGAAGAAGCAUUAUUUUCCAACAAAAAUUGUAUCAAAGUGCAUGAAUUAAAAAAAUUAAUUUAAUUUGUUUUAUUGUGCAACUUUAAUUGAACCACUUU